AACUGCAUCGUCGUCUUCCUCUUUUGGUCAGCAAUGGCACUAUAACAAAGCAUAUUGAUAUUGGAACCCUAUUCCCAUCUCUCCCUCACCAUGGAAUCUGAUUACAACUUGGAUCGGUCCCAAAUCUCAUAGCUGCUCUUCAUAGCCAAUACCCAUCUCAUAGCUCCCCCAAUUCUUCAUGCAAAUGGGCUUCUCAAUGGCUGGUGCUUUUGUUGGUUCUCAUUUUUUCUUCAGAGAUUUCCAUCACAGCUCUCCAAACUUGCCAUCCCUUUAUCACAGUUUCAAGCUGCUUCCAGUCUUCAAGUUCAAGCCCCGGCAGAGAAGGAUUGCCUGCUGUAAACCUGAAUUUUACCAGUUUGAGGAGAGGACAAGCCCUAAUCAGGUGAAAGAAGAGAUAAAACAGUGCUAUGAACUCAUUCACAGGCUCGGCAGGGGGGUUGUGUAUUUGGGUUCUUCGAGGAUGGGACCAACUCAUCCGCAUUACCUGCAAGCACUAGAACUGGGAAGAGAGAUUGCAAGUCUCUUGGACUGUACUUCAUGGACAGGGGCAGGUCCCGGUCUCAUGGAUGCUGCAAUUAAGGGUGCCUUGCAAGCGGGAAAGCCAGUUGGCGGAUUUAAGAUAGGCAAAGAAGCUGGUGAUUGGACAUCUUCGAAUCACCACCCAUACUUGCCAUCAGAAACUUAUCUCACUUGCCGGUUCUUUUCUGCGAGGAAGCAUGGACUGGUGGAUGCUGCAGUUAGAAACAAGAAGUCAGACAGGACUGCCGUAGUUGCUCUCCCUGGUGGUAUCGGGACAUUGGACGAAGUGUUUGAGAUUCUAGCCUUAAUUCAGCUAGAAAGAAUUGGGUCGGAGCUGCCAGUCCCCGUUCUCUUGAUGAACUACGGGUCUUUCUACUCGAAGCUGCUGGACUUUCUGGACGCUUGCGAGGAUUGGGGGAACUGUCGCCAAGGGUGAGGCUUCGUCGCUAUGGAAGAAAGAGGAAAAUGAAUCUCUAAGCUCGUCUGGAAGAGGGAGGGCCAACGGCCGGAGCACGCCAAACCGCCUUGGCUCGGAUCUUGCAGACAGUUGAAGCGCCAUGGCUGGCUGCUGCUUGUUAAGCCCUUCAAUGAUGAAGGAGAAUAC